GACUCACACUGUCUCCUCAGAGCGUCUCUGAAGUUGAUGGUGUCGUGUUGUGGAGAUUCUCUGUAUAGAUCACCCCAGAGGAUGGAGAUGACACCCCUCAUCCUGAUCAUUCUGGGGGUGUCAGGAGGGUAUUGUGACAGUCACUCUCUGCGGUAUUAUUACACUGGAGUCUCCUCUCCGGGAUCCGGACUCCCUGUGUUCUCUGAGGUCGGAUAUGUGGAUGAUAAGGAGAUAACAAAUUAUAACAGUGACACCCGACAGAAUCUUCCCAAGACUGAGUGGAUGAAGAAACUGGGAUCUGAUUACUGGGAGGGACAGACACAAAGAGGUCGGAGCAAUGAGGCUGUUUCCAAGUACAAUGUACAGACAGCGAUGAGACGAUUCAACCAGACUGGAGGGAUCCAUAUUGUACAGAGGAUGUCCGGCUGUGAGCUGAGAGAUGACGGCACCACUGAGGGGUAUGAUCAGUACAGAUAUGAUGGGAGAGAAUUCAUGUCUCUGGACACACAGAAUGGGAUCUAUAUCCCGACCAUGAAUGAGGCUCAGAUCACCACACAGAGAUGGAACAGUCCGGAGGAGAGAUGGGGGGAGAGACAGAAGAAUUAUGUGGAGAAUGAAUGUAUAGAAUGGCUGAAGAAACACAUCAACAAUGGGAGAGAAGAUCUGGAGAAGAGAGUGCCCCCAGGGGUGAAGGUGUGGGGUCAUCGUCAGUCGGAUGAUGUGACCAGACUUCAGUGCCUGGUGUACGGGUUUCACCCCCGACCUGUGGAUGUGAAGUGGGUGAGGAAUGGAGAAGACCAUAUUCCUUCAUAUGAAAUGACUCCAAUUCUCCCCCAUCCUGAUGGCACCUAUCAGAUCAGAGUCAGUGUGGAAGUGCCAACAAGGGAGGGAGACUCUUACUCCUGUCAUGUGGACCACAGCAGUCUGGAGGAUGUUCUCAGGGUGAAAUGGGAUCCCAAUGAAAAGUCUAAGCACAAUAUUCAUGUAAUUAUCCGUGUUGUUGUUACUGUUGCUGUAGUGCUGAUUAUCACGUCUGUUAUUGGAGUCAUAUACUGGAGGAGACGUUCAGGAUCAGGGAGGACGUCUGCUAGUCCUAUUAUUUAUGUUCCGGCUUCCAGAUGACAAAUGUCUGAAGAUCUUCUACAAGGAAACUGAACAAACUCCAAACCCCGUUCUGAUCUGCUUUUGUCUUUCUGGCUUGCUUUAUGUUUUAUUGUCCGCUGAAGAGUUCAAAGUGAAGAAUGUGAAGUGCACCUGUCCUUUUAAAGUGGGUGUAAACCAAUAGGAAUGUUAGAGAGAACAAAACCCUGCAGGCAGAGGAACAUAAGCUGAUCAUCGGCAGAAUGUGUCUGGGGUGGGCAGUGGUAGGAGAACUUAUC